GGGGCCUGCGGCUGUACAAGUCGGUGUCCCGGGCCUGGGACGGAAGUUGCAGAAGUACAAUUAGUUUCAGUUUUGUUUCUCUUUCAGGAGCCCAGCAACAGCAGCGCCAGGGCCUCGGGGGUUCUCCACUCCGGGUCCUGGAGCCCCGGCUAGGGCCUGACAUGCAAAAGUGCCCUUUACUUUUUCACAUUUGCUGAAUGUCUGCAGGGAGGAGGGAGGCGGCUCUUUAUCUCAAGAGACCAGAAGAAAAUUCCUGGCUAUUCAGAAUGGUUUCCCAGGGCUCCUCGCCCUCCCUGCUGGAGGCCCUGAGCAGCGACUUCCUAGCCUGUAAAAUCUGCCUGGAGCAGCUGCGGGUGCCCAAAACGUUGCCCUGCCUGCACACCUACUGCCAGGACUGCCUGGGCCAGUUGGCCGAGGGCAGCCAUGUCCGAUGCCCUGAGUGCCGCGAGUCCGUGCCUGUGCCGCCCACGGGCGUGGCUGCCUUCAAGAGCAACUUCUUCGUCAACGGGCUCCUGGAUUUGGUGAAGGCCCGAGCUGGCGGCGACCUGCGUGCAGGGAAGCCGGCCUGCGCGCUGUGCCCGCUGAUGGGGGGCGCCAGCGCCGGGGGGCCAGCCACAGCCCGGUGCCUGGACUGCGCCGACGACUUGUGCCAGGCCUGUGCCGAUGGGCACCGCUGCACCCGGCAGACCCACAGCCACCGCGUGGUGGACCUGGUGGGCUACAGGGCAGGGUGGUACGACGAGGAGGCCCGGGAGCGCCAGGCGGCCCAGUGUCCCCAGCACCCGGGGGAGCCCCUGCGCUUCCUUUGCCAGCCCUGCUCCCAGCUGCUGUGCCGGGAGUGUCGCCUGGACCCCCACCUGGACCACCCCUGCCUGCCCCUGGCCGAGGCUGUGCGUGCCCGGAGGCCCGGCCUCGAGGAGCUCCUGGCGGGCGUGGACAGCAAUCUGGCCGAGCUGGAGGCCACCCGGCUGGAGGAAAAGGAAGCCUUGGCCCGUCUGCGGGAGCAGGCGGCCAAGGUGGGCACGCAGGUGGAAGAGGCGGCCGAGGGGGUCCUCCGGGCCCUCCUGGCCCAGAAGCAGGAGGUGCUGGGGCAGCUACGGGCCCACGUGGAGGCUGCCGAGGAGGCUGCUCGGGAGAGGCUCGGGGAGCUGGAGAGCCGCGAACAGGUGGCCCGGGAGGCGGCCACCUUUGCCCGUCGCGUGCUCAGCCUGGGUCGCGAGGCCGAGAUACUCUCGCUGGAGGGGGCGAUUGCCCAAAGGCUUCAGCAGCUGCAGCGCUGUCCCUGGAUGCCUGGGUCAGCCCCCUGCCUGCUGCCCCGGCUGGAGCUCCAUCCUGGACUCCUGGACCAGCAGUGCCACCUGCUGAGGCUCUCCUUUGAGGAGCAGCAGCCCCGGAAGGCCAGCGGGAAGGACGGAGCCAGAAGCCAGGGAGGCGACGAAACCCAGCCCCAGAGCAGGGAUGGAGCCCCGACCCCGAAGCAGGACGGAGCGCAGACGCCCCAAGAAGAUGGAGCUCAGACCCUAAAGGCGGAGAGAGCCGAGACUCCCCAAGAAGACGGAGCCAAGACCCCGAAAGAGGGCAGAGCCCAGACACCCCAAGAAGAUGGAGGAGCCCAGUCCCCAAGGGGUGGCAGAUCCAACAAGAAGAGGAAAUUCAAAGGCAGGCUCAAGUCCAUUUCUCGGGAGCCCAGCCCAGCACCUGGGCCAAACCUGGAGGGCUCUGGCCUCCUCCCCAGGCCCAUCUUUUUCUGCAGCUUCCCCACGCGGAUGCCGGGGGACAAGCGGUCUCCCCGGAUCACUGGGCUCUGUCCCUUUGGCUCCCGGGAGAUCCUGGUGGCAGACGAGCAGAACAGGGCCCUGAAGCGCUUCUCCCUCAAUGGCGACUACAAGGGCGCGGUGCCCGUCCCUGAGGGCUGCUCCCCAUGCAGCGUGGCCGCCCUGCAGGACGCCGUGGCCUUCUCGGCUGGCGCGCGGCUCUAUCUCAUCCGCCCCGACGGCGAGGUGCAGUGGCGCCGGGCGCUGAGCCUCUGCCAGGCCAGCCACGCCGUGGCCGCCAUGCCGAGCGGGGACCGGGUGGCCGUCAGCGUGUCAGGCCACGUGGAGGUGUACAACAUGGAAGGCAGCCUGGCCACCCGGUUUAUCCCUGGGGGCAAGGCCAGCCGGGGCCUGCGGGCACUGGUGUUCCUGACCACCAGCCCCCAGGGCAAUUUCGUGGGGUCGGAUUGGCAGCAGAAUAGCUUGGUGGUCUGUGACGGGCUGGGCCAGGUGAUUGGGGAGUACCGGGGGCCGGGCCUGCACGGCUGCCAGCCAGGUUCCGUGUCUGUGGAUAAGAAGGGCUACAUCUUUCUGACCCUUCGAGAGGUCAACAAGGUGGUGAUCCUCGAUCCGAAGGGGUCGCUGCUCGGGGACUUCCUGACGGCCUAUCACGGCCUGGAAAAGCCCCGGGUGACCACCAUGGUGGAUGGCAGGUACCUGGUCGUGUCCCUCAGUAAUGGGACCAUCCAUGUCUUUCGGGUCCGCCCUCCUGACAGUUAAAGGGCUGGGACUGGGGAGAGACUUCGGGGUGGGGGGACUGGGGGGGUAGAGAGAAGGGAAGCAGGGCGGCCCGAGGGAUGUGGGCAUUUUCCCAGAGAGCAGGGGUUGGCAACUUUUCAAGGUGAAGUGCCAAACAGCUCUUCAGGUGCACAGGAAUAGGGACCAAGGGGCGUGGCGUGGCGUGGCCAUAACCCUCAGAGGCAGAGGAGGAGGGGUUGGAGGGGUGCUGGGCAUUAAUGCUUCUUGCUUUUGCUGGGGGUGACUGCCGCUGCCGCCACCGUACAGUCUAGGUUUCCAAGAUGUGUAAGCUAGUCCUGAUCUGAGUUCUUCUUUAAAACCAUUCCUGAUGGGGUAACCCAGGGAGAGUCUUGGGGAAGUGGGUAGAAAUAGCCCUUUAAGCCCAGGGCUUGAAGGGUAUGUCAGGUAUGUACUUUCUGGAAGAGAGCUGAGAACCCCCUCCCCUCCGACUUGAACGGGACGCACCAAGUCAGAAGAGGUCUGGGAUUUUGAACCCGGCCAUAAAUGGCAUCUUCCACCAGCCUCGGCUGGGAAGUUGAGGCUCCUCUGAUAAUGGCGUCCCCCAGUGAAGUGCGGGGUGGACUUCAUGGGGGACCAAGUAUAGACAAAAGCCGAGGCCAACAGGCGUUUACCUUGAAGUCCGUGAAGAGAAUGUGCUACUAGAAAAUGGAACCCUGCAGUGUUGGAGUCUAAAACACAGGGUUCUGAGUGUGAGACGAGGGGAGACCCUGGGUCUUACCCCCCAACUUCCACCACCCCUCACCUCCAAGCCAACCUGAGGCCAGACCUAUGUAGGAUAUAAAACCUUUUCUUUUUUGAUGUCUUUAUACUUCCUGGAGUUUAUUUUUAGCCUCCUCUUAGUUUUCUGGCACAAUUCCUUUUGAGAAAUUUUGGCUGAACUAAGGGGUUGAAGGCAUUUGUCCAUAUUGCCAUUAUGGGUGGGGAAAAAACCUAAGCCUAGAGACCAGGUGUGGGACUCAGGGGCCAAACCGGUUGGAAGACCUGGGAAGUCGGUAGUGGGGCUGGGAUGGGCAGAGGGGUGAAAAUCUCAUGGAGGGAUCCCGUCAGAAAUGAGCCAUGACCACCGGCCUUUUGCAUAGGCUGUGGCAGCGGUGGAACUGAGGUGGACAUGUUUAGCCAGGGGCUGUUGAGAGGUGACCAAAGGGAAUAAUAUGUAAGGAUCAUGGGCAAUGAGUGUUCAUGGGAACCAGAGAGAUUUUGGACAAGUCCGGAUGGAAAGUGCAGGACAUUAGGUGUAGGGAAAAGAAAAUCUUUUUCCAGGGAGGUCAUUGAUUGUUUAAUGAAGUGAAAGGGGAAAUCAUCAAUGUCAGGUGGACAAAUUCAAUUAUAUAAAAUUUUGAAAUGUAUGCACAGGAAAGAAGAACGAAGAUUAAAGGAAAAUCAAUGAGAUGAGGAAAUUACGGAGCAUUGAUCUGAGGAGUCUCCAGUAUAUGCAGUGACUAAACAGAUCUACUUGGUCAAAGGACCAAAUAAGCCGUAUACCCAAGAGAACGAAUGCCCACAGGCCAGGACACAUAAAAUGAAAAAUAAAAUAAAAUCGACCACUUGCAUUCGUCAAAAAUACAUUUAAAAAAAUAUGUCGUGGGGAAAUAGACCCCUGGCACUAUAAAUGAUGCUUCCUGGUGAACAGUUUGGCAGUUCUUGACAAGAGUCAAAGAAGUGAUUAUAAGACGAAGUUAUCUCACUUUGGAGAGUACAUUCUGGGAAAAGGAUUCAAAAGGAAAAAAAGUAUCUGCACACAGAUAUUUGUGGCCACCCUAUAUAUUACAGUCUUUGACAGGAAACAGCUCCUGUUCCUGUUUCCAAAAAAUUGGCUUAGCUAGCCAAUUCUGGCUAGACCAGAAUCUAGCCAAGUAGAUUGUGGUCUAGCAGGGCAAUGAGCUACUGCCUUCAUGUAUGACAAUUAUGAGAACUAUUUAGAUGAAUAUGAUGUUAUAUGAUGCAAUCGUAAGCCAAAAAGAAAAGAUUUUGGCUUUCUGAUCACGUAAUGAUAGCAACAAGGUAAAAGCAUGUCUGAAUAGUUACCGAGUGGAAAUAGGUUCAAAAUGUGUAAAUAGUCAGUGAUUGGGGAGAUUGGGUUCUUUUUAUUUCAUGCUGUUAUUCAUAUAUGCACAUUUCUACUUCAGUUAUUAUUGUCCAUUAAAUAACAUAUAUGCUUGACUACUUCAGAAAAAUACACUCAAGAAUAACUACUGGAUUUGUAAAUGAAUGUGUCAGAAUAAGUGAGACUGUCCUAUCAGGGGUAGGGGUGGGGGGGUAGGCAGGAGUCAGGAGGAGAAUCCCAGCUGGUCAGGACCCAGCAGGGAGGAAGGGUCGUCAGAGCAGGGUCCUGUCUGGUGACUGACCAAGGAAUCUGCCCUGGGAAGUUUGCAGAGCUCAGGUGGUCCCCGUGGGUGGUCCCCGUGGGUGAUCGGUCAUUGUGGAGUGUCCAGAGGCAGGGGAAGGUCUUAUUGGGUUCACAAACUAAUUCAGACCAACUGGAAACCAAGUGGCGGUUCUGCGGAACCAGCUAGUUUCAGAUGAGUUGCACGAGUGGGGUGCUGUGUCUGUCUUCUUGUAGCUCUCUCUACAGAGUCAGCACAGUGAUGGCUCCUAGUAGGUGCUCUGUAAACGCCUGUGGAGCGAAUUGAUGUCUAGAAAAUGCCAAGUUUUCCAAAACUUUGGCUUGUGGGAAAUCUCCAGUAGGGGGCACUGUGGACACAGCCUACCAUAAGCCUCCAGGAGACUGGCUCAGCUCUAAGUCACAAAAGAGGUGAAAUUCAGGUGUCCUGCUUAUACGUCCUGGGUGUGGGGCGCGGUCCUGGCCUCUAGGGGAUAAAUACCUUCAGGUUGGAACAACAGGUUUGCAGAGCCGCAUGGGAACCGCGUGCAGAGGGCCCGGCUAGUGGAAUGGCUGCAGCCGAGUGGCUCACCCCUGAGGCAGGAAUAGAGAACUUCCGGAGGGAAAUAUCACCUGGAUGCAGGAAGAGAACCCCACAGGUGCUCUAAAGAUGCAGGGCACAUGGGGCUUUCAGGACGCUGUAAGAAGCCUGGGGAGUCGGGCACUGGACGAUUGACAGACAUACUGAAUUUUCCUCGUGAAGGGGUAGGGGUGGGAAGGCACAGAACACGGCAAAAUGUGAAAUGGAUGAGAAGUAUAGCAUUGAGCAUAAUUUGGAGGUAAAAUCCCCAGUGCCCCAGCUGUCACCCGGGAAUCCUAACAAAUCCCGGCACAGAAAGCACUGCUCAGUGCGGAGAGAGAGUUCUUGGCUCAACUACAGAUGUUAAGAAAUCAGGAACAUUGUGAAAGAUCCAACAUCCCCACCCUGCAUUGGACUAUGGCAAUUAACUUGAUCAAUCAUUCCUUGUGCUGUUUGGAACUUUCCAGAUCGUGUAGGAAUGGAGAAUGCCGUUCGGGUAGAGAGAAAGGGAGUAGAGAACCUUGUUCAUAUUCUUUGGGUUUAAAAAAGGAAGGUGAACGAGGCAGCGGAGACCUGGGUUGAGUGCUGGCUCUUCCAACUAAAUAGCUGUGUGAUGUUGGUCUAGCUCCCUAACCUCUCUGAACCUCAGUUUCUACAUCAGUAAAAUAGCGAUAAUAAUAGCCACCAUGCCCACCUCACGGGGUUGUGGUGAGGACUGGCUGAGAGGCAUAGAGAAGGAUUUGUACCCCAUCAAGCUCAAAUCUGCAGUCUUGGUUAGGAAAAAUUUUAACCGACUUUAGUACUGACUUAUUUUCCAUCAGGGUAAGCGUGAAUGGGGAUGUUGUGUGCAUGCCUUGUGAGGGGAAAACUUGAGAACGUCUGGGUAGAGUUGUGACCUGCUUCUCCUUUGGAGGAGACUUAUGUUUCGCUUUCCAGCAGUUAUUUGGAGAAGCCAUUUGCUAAGACACAGCAGUGACCAUAAGAGCAGAAGGGACCAAUGGCCAGCUUGCUAAGACUCAGUGCUACUCCUAAAAGCCAGCUGAGAAUCAGGCUGUACUAAUGAAGGCCUGAUAACCAUAGGUAUUUAGAAGAAAUUCAAAAUGGCAAGAGUAGCCCAAUUUUUUGGUAAUUUAGAGAAAAUAUAAUUUGGGAGAGAAUAACUCUUCUUUCGCUGUAGUCUUAUUAUUACUGUAUCUAUAAAGCCACGUCAUAGAAUAAUCUACAGAGAUAAUAUUCCAGAGGGGCAGACAUUCAAGAGAGAAGUCAGAAGUCUUCCGAGGAAAUUGAUGAGGUUGGUGACCUGAGCUGGGCAAGAUGUGAUAAGUGGAUGCCAAGAUCAAGGCAUUUGACCAUUUCUCCUGGGCAGGUCAGCUGAGAACUAGAGUUAUCCCGUAAGUUAAGUGGGAGAUUGGAUGGGGAUGCAGAGUUCUGUUUGGGGGAGAAAGUAGUCUUAGACCAGCUGGGGCAGGGAGCUGCCAGAGAGAGUGCUCAAGAAGACGUUCCCAUUAGGAGAAAGGUCAAGUUCAGAUGCAGGCUUAGGAAAACAGGUAACUUGACAGAAGGUAACAAAACCAGCCUACCCAACUGAUUCAUGAAUGUAGUUUAAUUAAAUGAAUCUGGAUGGGAACAAAAAUAGGUCUAGGAACCACAGAGUGAUUGGACAUGUGGAGAAGGCUCAACAGGGUCUGGCUGACCUCACCCUCACCUGAAGCCUGGGUGAGGAAUCUUUGGGACCGGGUGGAGAGGGGACCGUAUGUAAAGAGGCAAUUAGGAAGUAGUUUGGGGAGGUUUUGGAAGGUUAUCUGACUUGUCUUCAGAGAAAGUUUGAACUGGUUGCAUUAGCAGCUAAGAGAAAUGGGAUUGGAAAUGGUGGAAUUGGGGCCUCUGUACCCUUGGUGUCAGCCCAGCAAGUAUUUCUUUGUUGCCACCAGGCUGAAGAAUCUGUGUUGUAAACUCUUUCAUUCCUUUAUACUUUGUAUCUUUUUUCUGUUUCUUAAUAAAUUCUUUUGAAAAAUGUGAA